UACAUAACCAAAACAAACUAACCAUAUGUAACAAUAAGUUCAAUUCUCCAAAAUUCCAAAUUAAAAACAUUCCAUCACUUUCUUCUUCCUUCUUUCUUUCCUUCCCUAGGAAUUCAAUGGGGUUGAGAUCUUCUGAUAGAAAACUCUCUUUCGAUAUUCUCAGCAACAUCAAUAAUAACUCCCCCUUUGAUAAUAAUAAAGAAGAUGAUUCGCUUCCCCUCUUUCGCUCCACCCCCGAUCCCUCACACAACCAGACCAAAUCCGAUUCCGAAAUCUCGCCUUCUCCGAAAAGCCGGAGGAAGAAAAGGCACAAGAAGAAGAAACCGGCGUCCCCCGGUUUCGCUGCGAUCCCGGAACAUCCGGUGUUGGAUUCGGAUGAGAGAAUUGGAAGUGGGAUUGUUUUUGAGAGCAGAAGCGAUUUGAAUUGCCAGAUUAGUUACGGCGGGAGUGUGUGUACAGUGGUGGCGGCGAGUAGUGACAGUGGGAAUAGUUUGAGGCAGAGGAAUGUGAAUGGUAGUGAUGACUUGGUGGUGGAGGAGAGUCCAUCGGAGAAGCAACAGUGGCGGAGUGAGGCGUUGCCUAAUGGGAGUAGUAGUGGUGGUAGUGGAAGUGGUGUUCUCACGAAGUUGGAGACGGUGGAGUCGCUGGAUUGGAAGCGACUCAUGGCGGAUGAUCUUCAAUGUACCUAUCCGAUAGAGCAGUCACCAUGGAAGUACUUUAUGGAUGCAAUGUAUAGUGGAAAUUCAUUGCGGAGCACAACAACAAUUGGUGAUGAGAAAGAACGGCAGAGAGUAUAUGAUACCAUUUUCCGCUUGCCAUGGAGAUGUGAGCUGAUUAUUGAUGUUGGCUUCUUUGUCUGCUUGGAUUCAUUUCUGUCGUUGUUAACCAUCAUGCCAACAAGGAUUCUGAUGACUCUUUACAGGCUUCUAUGUAAAAGAAGGCCUCCCCCAAACCUCAAGGGAGAGAUUGCAAAUCACCCGUUCUUAUAA